AGCUAUUAAAAUAUCACAGCGCAUCAAAAGUUGGAGGGAGAGAUCUUUGUCUUCCGUCAGUUUUAAAGUCAAACAAAAGCAUCCAAUCGAUGGCGGUCCGUAAAACGGAGGAAAGCUUCUCGGGGUCCUCCAAUUAUUUCACCCACGAACUGAGAAGAGAGCUAGAGAGCUAGAGAGAGAGAUGGAGAUGGAGGGGAGGGCCGGGGGUUCGCUGCCGUUCGUGGGGAUGAUAAUGGUGGUUCUGGUUCAAGCGAGCAGCAUGGUGGUGGCGAAAAUGGCCAUGUCCGACGGGCUCAACAAGUACACCUUGGCCUUCUACUGUAAUGCCCUCUCCUCACUCGUCCUCCUUCCUUGCCCCUUCAUCAUCUCUCGCAGGUCAGGGUCGUGCCCUCCUCUCACUUUCUCCGUGCUUCGCAAGAUCUUCUUGCUCUCUCUGGUCGGAUCCGUCGGGCAGAUAUGCGGGUAUGCCGGGAUCGAUUACAGCUCCCCUGUGCUGGGCACGGCCAUGAUGAACCUCAUCCCAGCUUUCACUUUCAUUCUCGCCGUCAUUUCAAGGAUGGAGAAACUGAAUUGGAAAGGCUCGAGCAGCCAAGCUAAGCUUGUGGGAACCGUUGCAUCAAUUCUUGGUGCAUUGGUAAUCACUCUGUACAAGGGUCCGACGAUUCUCCGCUUGCCUUCGCUGCCUUCUUUUGUUCAUUCCCGUCACCUUGUCUCUCUUCUCUCACGACAAUUGAAUUGGGUUCUGGGUGGGUUUCUCCUCGCGGCCGAAGCUUUCUUUUUAUCAUUGUGGUUCAUUAUGCAGGCAUUUAUCCUCAAAGAUUACCCCGUGGUGUUGAACAUAAUGUUCUAUCUAAUGUUCUUCGCAACAAUUUUUUCCGGGCUAUUAUCCUUCAUUAUGGUGAGAGAGCCGCAGUCUUGGACUCUGAAACUCGAUGUGGGUUUGAUCGCUAUUUUAUACUCGUCUCUGGUUGCGGGUGUCUUUAGAGUCACAUUGUGCACAUGGUGCCUGAAGAAAACUGGACCUGUCUUUGUUUCCAUGUUCAAGCCCUUGGGAAUUGUAUUUGCCGUGGGAUUGGGGUUCAUAUUUCUAGGGGAAAAGUUACACCUUGGAAGCUUGAUUGGAGCAGCAGUGAUUGCGAUGGGAUUCUACGCGGUCAUGUGGGGAAAGUCCAGAGAGGAAGAGAAGAUAAUCGAGGACAGCGGUGGGGCUGAUGGGAGCCUGGCAUCCUCCAGCCAAAAGAUUCCUUUGCUCCAAAGCAAAUCGUUGAGUGCGUAGAUACUCUUGGCCAAAAGAAGAGAAAGAAUCAAAAGGAAAGAGACAAAGGUGUGUACACAUCUACAGAGAUGUUCCCUUUUUUUGUCCUUUUGAAAUGGAUUCGAAUUGAUUUUUCCUUCCAGAAUAGUGGCAGCACCAAUAAAAUGACAGAUUUGAUAGGAGUUUCGAUUGUGUGUGGACAUCGACAACAGUAUGAUAUGCUCGUCUAUAGCUACGUAAUAUUUGAUGCUGACGAGAAGCGAAGGGAUGUUCAGCAAAUAUCAUGAUUCAUCGACAGAGCCUACCGGUAACCAGCUAAUCUUGAAAUUUGGCCUAGCGUUGGACACAAAAAGGAGAGCACAUUGAUCAAGGAUGUCAAAUGGAAGCACCAAUGCAGAGUGACGGUCGAGUGUCCUAGUGACCUCCGGAUUUGUAACUUCUUGUGGAUAACAAUUGUCAAUGCAUAACGGGCACACCGGAAAUCUGAGGAAAAAAAAAACGUGCACUUGUUUUACCACAUAGGGUGAUAAGUACUUGUUGUAAUAGUGAUUAGCAAAGCAUAAAUACCGAUAGCAUUCGUUGUAAAGAGGAUGGUCUUCUAAACGCAAGCAGAUUCCUAAUGUCAUUUAAUCAAUGUAUUAGUGUGUCUUUUUUAUCA